AUGUUGUCGCUCAGGUCUGCCCGGUUGGCUCCAAUCUCCCAUGUGGGCCGUGCUCGGAAGCCUUUGUUUCGAACUCGUCGAACACUAGUUCAUUCAGCAGUGCAAGAACUCACAAAUGGCUUUCUGGACUUGGCUAUUGCUCUUCCAAUACCUCCCAGUCUCCCACCAUAUUCGACUACCGUCAUACUCUUGACAGUAGCGUCUCGACUCGUCAUAACUGUCCCAUUCUCAGUUUGGGCAAAAGAUCGCCAAUGGAGAGCAGAGAAUAUCGUUGUACCGCAACUCAAGCGCGAGAUGCAAGAGGUACAUAAACAAAUUCUUCAAGACAUGAAAGUAGAGGGCUUCCAAGGAGAUAAGGAUGCAGCACUAGCUGAGGUCAAGAAAAGAUUGGACGUCGCGAGCAAAAGCCGCAAGGGUGAACUGCUGAAAAUCCAUCAUUGCACGCCUCUUCCGACGAUGAUCAUUCCUCCAUUGACCCAGCUGCCAAUGUUCGUUUGCUUCAGCAUGGUUUUGAACAACGCCUGCCAACCGCCGACUGUCCUCGACUCGGAGUCAUUUUUUACCUUAACCUCUUUGGCUCAUCCUGACCCCACUGCCGCUCUACCAAUCAUGAUUGGACUCAUCACCUUAGCAAAUGUUGAGACGGCGCGCUGGUUCGUCGGGGCCGCGGCACUGCAAAGGGAAAGGCAGGUUGCGCGAUGGGUCGAGCAACGGCGAGCCAAAGGCGAGGCUGUCGUGGAGCCCAGAAAAGUUGUUCAAUCUGUCCUGAGAUUGGCUUCCGUUUUCCGAAUUCUUUUUGCAACGAUGCUGCCAGGGAGCGUUGAGAUAUACUGGGCUGCAUCUGCUGCAUUCGGGCUGGUGCAAUCUUGGGUCCUUGAAUGGUGGCACGCUCGCAGAACACAUGUUUAUCAACGAUCGUCGGCUCCACUGACUUGGACCCACCGUGGACGGUAG